AUGAUACAACAAAAAAUACAUAAAAGAUACAAAAUAUUGAAAAAUGAAGAUUUAAAUCAUCGAUAUACAAUUAAUGACAUAGAAGUAUAUUUUCCUUAUGAAUUGUAUGAUUGUCAAUAUAAUUAUAUGUUAAGUGUUCUAAAUGCUUUAAAAAAAAAAGAAAAUGCAAUUUUAGAAUCACCAACAGGAACUGGAAAAACAUUAUGUUUAUUAUGCGCAAGUAUAAGUUACCUUGUUGAUAUUAUGGAAAAAAAAGGAAGUUUUUCUGAAAAUAUAAAUAUUACUGAAACGAAUAAAAAUACUUCUUUUGAUUUUAAAGGAAAUGAAGGUUCUCCAAAAAAAGUGGUUAGUGAUUUCCCUAAAAUAAUAUAUGCUUCAAGAACUCAUAGUCAGUUAAAACAAGUAAUAAAAGAAUUAAAAAAUGUUUACUUUAUAAAAAACAAUGAAAAAUAUAAAUUACUAACCACUAUAUUAGGUUCAAGAGAUCAACUGUGUGUUCAUAAUAUUAAUUAUAAUUAUAAAGGUACUUUAUUAAAUAAUAUGUGCAAAAGGACAAGAAGAAGUGGAGAGUGUAUGUAUCAUAACGGAUUAAAAUACUUAGAUAAAUUAAAACAUUUAUUUACGACACCAAUGGAUAUAGAUACAUUAAAUGAAAUAGGUAAAGGAAAUUCUGUAGGCCAAAAUAUCCAUUUUUGCCCAUUUUAUGCCACUAGAGAAAUUCAAAAUGAAUGUCAUGUUAUUUUAUUACCAUAUAAUUAUUUGUUUGAAGAAUCUACUAGGAAAAUAUUAAAAUUAAACUUAGAAAAUAGUAUAAUAAUAAUUGAUGAAGGACACAAUAUUGAAAAUGUAGCAGAAGAUGCUGUUUCUUUCAAAAUAAGAAAUUCCGAUUUAACUUUUUUCCUAGAUGCUAUUAAAGCUACUUUAACAAUUCUAGAUAAAGUGAAUGAUAUAGAUAAAGAAGCAAAAGAUAAAAUAAAUGUAGAUGAAUUAUUUAUAUUAAAUAGAAGUAUAAAUGCAUUAAUAACAUGGUUAAAUAAUGAACGAUUAGAAAAAGAUGAGAAGAAAAAAAUUAAAGAAAAACAUAAAACAUAUGAAGGGAAGCAAAUAUUUGAAGUAUUUAAAAAUAAUAGCAUAAAUAUUACUAAAGAAAAUUUUGAGAAUUUCAAUACAUUGCUAUCAUCUAUGAUAGAAUUAUUAAAUAAAUAUAUUAAUGAUUUUAAACUUUCUCAAAUGGAUAUAAAUAAUGUGAAUAGGUAUAUCUCUACUAUAGAUAACAUUCGAAAAUCUUUUGGUAUAUUAUUUAGUGACAUUGUUAAUAAUUGUAUAGAGUAUUUUCAAUUAUAUAUUAAUGAAGAAAAGAUACCUUAUUCAGAUUGUUCAGAUGUUAAUAAAGUUUAUGAUAAAAUGAAAAAAUUCACAAAAAAUAAAACGAAAAUAUUUUAUGACAAACAGAAUUAUACAAUGUGUAAGAAUAUUUCAUUGUUAUGUUUUUCAGCCACUGCAAGUUUAUGUGGUAUUUUGAAAGAAAAAGUAAAUUCUAUUAUUGUAACUUCAGGUACAUUAUCACCAAUUGAACCAUUUUCAAGGCAAUUAAGUGGAAAAUAUUUCUCUUUUAAACAUAUUUUAGAAAAUGAUCAUGUUAUUAAGUCUCAUCAAUUAUUUGUUGGAUGUAUGACACAUUAUAAUAGUCAAAUUUUAUUAUCAACAUACGAAAAUAGAACUAAUGAGAAUUAUUUAAAAGCAUUGGGAAAUUGUAUAUUUGAUAUAAUUGUGUGUAUUCCAUUUGGUGUAUUAAUAUUUUUUUCUUCUUACAUUUCAAUGACUGAAACAGUUAGUGCAUGGAAGAAGUUCAAAAUAUUUGAUAAAAUAAAUACAUAUAAAACUAUAUUUAUUGAACCAAAUAAAGCUUCUGAUUUAAAAGAAAUUUUAAGUGAUUAUGAACAGGUAAUAAAAAAAAAAAAAAAAGGUGCAAUUCUUAUGGGUGUGUGUAGGGGUAAAAUAUCUGAAGGAAUAGAUUUUAAAGAUGACUGUUGUAGAGGAGUUAUAAUUUGUGGUUUACCAUAUGGAAAUGUAUAUGAUAGUAAAAUAAUUUUCAAAAAAGAAUUUUUAGAUAAUUUUAAUUAUGAAAUAAAUGACGAUAACACUUCUACAUUAAGUAUUACCCCUUCUAAGGGAAAUAAAUGGUAUAAUGAAGAAGCUAUGAGAUCAAUAAAUCAAUCAAUAGGAAGAGUUAUUAGGCAUAAAAAUGAUUAUGGUGCAAUUUUCUUCUUGGAUUCAAGAUUUUCUAAUAAUCAAAGAAUAAAAGAAAUAUCCAAAUGGGUUAGAACACAUUUUCGUAUAUAUAGAGAUGUAGAACAAAUACAGAGUGAUAUAGAUAAAUUUUUUGAGCUAUUUAAAGGAUUAAAUGAACAAAAUAUAGGAGAAGAUAAAAGAAAACCCAUGAAUAAUGAGAAGGAAGGGGAAGAAAAAAGCACCACUAACGAAGUAGGAAAAAAUUUUCAAGAUUGUUAUGUAAAAAAUGAGAAAACCAAUAAAAAUAAACAUGAAAUACCACAAAAUAAAUUUAUAUAUAAUCCAACUAAAAAAAUGAAAAACCAACCAAAAAUUCUAAGUAUGAUACAAAAUAUAACAAAAGGGAAGAAUCAAGAAAAAAAUAUUUAUAUAGAUAAUAAAGAACAAAAUAUUUUUGAAACAAAAGAGGAUAAAAUUAAUAUAAAAUUAGAUAAUGCAAAAUCUUUGAUAGCUUCUUUUCGUGAAAUUUUAUCAAAAGAUAUAUAUGAUAAAUUUUUUGAGCUAAUUAAGGAAACUAAAAAAAAAAGUAAUGAAAAUAAAUAUGAAAUAUUAAUAAAUAACAUUUUAGAAUUAAUAACACAAAAUUUUUCAAAACUCAAUAAAGAACAACAUGAAGAAGAAAAUGAAAAUUAUUCAAAUGUGAUUUUAAAUGAUAUAAUGAAUGAAAAACAACUAACAGAUGUAUGGAGGAUGUUGAUUAAAUUAAUUAACAACUUUUUUCCUAUACAAGAAAAGGAAAAAUGUUUUUUUAUUCUUCAAAAAAAAUUUAAGGAAAAAACAAACAAUUUUGAUGAAUUAGAAAAAUAUUUAUACAAUUAUAGAUUAGAAAAGAUAGAGAUCAUUUAG